UAGUGAUGGCAGGGUGGGGGACCGGGCGUUUCUGCCACAGGAUGUAUGAUGUCAAUCUGUAGAUAAAAGUCCUUUGAACACGAAAGUUCUAACAAUGGAGAACUGAAAAUAACAUGAAUUAUCGUGUACGUUCUUCACCGUCCAUCUUACUUAAAAAAUGUAUUGUCAGUUUACACAAAAAUGUACAUUAUUUCACGGUUCCAUUGGCAGACGCUCUCCGAUAGCCCAACACGUGAUGAAUAAGAACUAAAUAUGGAAAGUCUGGAGGAGAAGCUGUACGAUGCUGUCGUGAAAGGAAACACGCAAAAUGUGUCGUGUUUGUUGGCAGAAGGUGCUGACAUAAACGCAGUGUGCAGCUGUGGGAGGACAGCUUUGGGUACCGCCGCUCAGAUGGGCAACGUGUCCAUCCUCAAAACCCUCUUGAGCUCCAACAGCGUGACAAAGUCUCUGAGCGACGAAAGCAUCUGCGGCGGUGCCACCGGUCACCACCGACACAGGAGCAAGAAGAGGAAAGACUUCCCCCAGGGACCCGGCCGGACGCAGGCCUGUGCCGCUCGGGAGGUCUGUAGAGCGGGCGACCUCGAUUCUCCCGGGAGUACCUGCAAAGUUCUGGGCGCCAGCUCGAGUCCCCCCGGUGCCGACGCUUCGCCGAAACGGAACCUGGGUUACUUCGUGGUCAUUUACAACGACGGAGGUGCGAACGGCGCCGUGUCUCCUUGUUCGGACCCGAACCGGAACAGGGUCGUCGAGAGCGGGGCGCCGGCGUUCAACGACGUCCGGACGCCCGACGGCAUGGAGAGGCUGGAGUGGGACGAGGAGCUGAGGGAGCCCCGGGGCGCGGCCGCGGAGGAGGACCCCUGGACGUCGCACUACCGCUGGUACGCAGACAUCCUGGACAAGACGGGGUCGCUGCUGCAGCUGCCGCAGCUGUGCGACGUGAACCAGGCGGACGGCUACGGGCGAUGCGCGUUGCACUAUGCAGCGGAGCAGGGACACCUCGAGGCCCUGCGCCUGCUGUGGGCGGCAGGCUGCCGGCUGGACCAGGGGGACACAGACAACCUCACGGCGCUGCACCUGGCCGCGUCCCGGGACCACCACGGCGUGGUGACCCUGCUGCUGAGCGCGGGCGUGGACGUCAACUGCAAGACGAGCGACAAGACGUCGGCCCUGCACAUCGCUGCGACGCGCGGCUUCGCCGGCACGGCGCGCGUGCUGCUGGACCGGGGCGCCAGCAUCGACUCGCUCGACUCGUCGGACCGCACGCCGCUCAUGCUGGCCGUGCUGCGCUGCCACCACGACGUCGUGGCGCUGCUCAUCCAGGACGGCGCCAAAGUGAACAUCGAGGAGAUACACGGCUACACGCCGCUGUGCGAGGCGGUGUGGCACAAGGACAUGGCGACGUGCCGCAUGCUGCUGGACGCCGGGGCCAAGGUGACGCAGUCCCACCACCUGCUGCACUACGCCGUGCUGCACCGCCACUACGACAUGGCGCGGCUGCUGCUGCGCGCGGGCUGCAUCGCCAACCUGCGCGACGACAGCGGCAACACGCCCCUCAUCCUCGCCGCCAGCGUGCUGCACUGCCCGCUCGUCGAGCUGCUGCUGCAGCACGGAGCGUCCGUGAACUACCCGAACGCCCUGACGGGCAGCACGGCGCUGCACAAGGCGGUUGAGUACGCCUUCGAGUCGAACUUCUCCGCGUUCGAGUCGCUGUUCGCGCUGCUGAAGAGCCGUGGGGCGGGGCUGAACGUGCGGACGUGCACGGGCGGCGACACGCCUCUGUUCCGCGCGGUGCUGAUGAAGCGCUACCGGGCGGCGGCGCUGCUCAUCCGCCACGGCACCGACGUCAACCUGUACGACGCGGGCGUGUGCGUGGUGGACAUCCUGUUCCUGGCGCGCAAGCGCAGGCACGCGGCGCUGGCGCGCAUGCUGGUGUACGCGGGCUUCGACCUGCAGCGCUUCACCCCCGACCUGCCCCCGCCGCGCGAUGCGCCCCCCGACGGCCUCACCGCCUGGCUGCUGCACAUGAAGCACAGCCCGCUGCGGCUGGUGGACCUGUGCCGCCUGGUGCUGCGCCGCGCGGCGGGCGAGCACGUCUACGAGCGGGUGCGCGCGCUGCACCUGCCGGCGUCCCUCAAGACCUUCCUGCUGCUGGAGGACAUGGACGUGGACGACGACGUGUGCCUGGCUCCUGGCUAGCGCUCGCCUGCCCACCAGUCCAGUCGUAAUCUAGUCAUCACGAGCAGAUGUCUCGCGAAUACUGGGAAUAUCUGCAAGUACAUAAUUUUUGGGUUGUUGAUUACUCACAUCAGUACUCUAGUAUUUUUUAAAAUUUUUAUUAACUGAUAUUUAUUGUGUCGGUAAAUAUUUUUUACAAGUUCUUGCCCGGUAGCCAGGCGUGGCACAGUUCGUGUCCUUCAGUGCACGAGUAUCAUCGGGAACUCCCGAGCACGCUGGACUCUUGAGACAUGCAAUACCGUUAUGUCCUACUGGGAUGCUGGCUUGGCAAACAUUUCCUCCCUUGACUUACUGAACCAAAAGAAAAUCCACCACAGUUGGUGGGAAAAAGUUAUUUUAGGCCAUGGUUACACGGCACUUAGAACUAUAUGUACUUCGUUGCAAUGUGUGUAACUCGGUUUAUUGGUUGCAUGCAUUCUGAAAAUUUUCUGAUCUGGGUUGCUUUCCAUUCAUACUGAACAGGUUUUGCAAGUACAUGCGUCAGAACGAUAUAUCAUCUAUGCUUGCUUAUGAUUGGCUGGUGUGACAUCAACAAACCAUAACUAAACCAAGGGUCUCCCAGACUGGGAAAAUCUGGAAAACGGGAAACUCGUGGAAUUGAAAAAAAGAACUUUAAAACCUGUAAAAAAAACAAGGAAAUUGCCUAAUAUGAUUUACCAAACUUGAUUAGUAUAAUACUGUGCAGUGUGUUAUAUAAUUCUUUUUAAUUGACAAUAUUACAUACCUUUGACGCAAACACUGCCAGACAUGUGUCCGGAACGUUAGUCUCCGUCAGCUCUGAAGCACCGGCUGAUUUCGGCUGAAUUACAAAUAUGGUGGCCAUAACCCAUGUGAAUCAUGUUCAGUGUGUCUUUAGUCUAGUUUUUGCAGCGUAUCAGUAGCUCUGAAUGUAUUAAAUAGAUAAAAGAAAUCAAAUAGUAUGUGGCUGAAUGCAUUUCAAUUUUUUUUUAUUUAUGUAAGAAAUCAUAAUGGUAAAAUAAUUUUAUGCUAAGUACUGUAAUGUGAAAUAUUUUUUUCAGUUAUGGCAUGAUUUGCAGUUAGUCAAGUACAUACUUGGAAAUAACUCCUCAGUAAAUGUGAUUAUUUUUUAAAACAUUAUUUUGUAUUAAGAUUACAUACUGGUUUUUUUAAGAUUGUCAUUCCAAUGAUUAGUCGCAUUGGUUUUAGAUUCUUGCUUGAUGUAGUGAGCGAGUGUUAACGUUCUUUUAUGUAUAGUGUGCUUGGACACCAUCACAUCUUUAAUCUGCUGCAAACCAUGUUAAUGUCUAGAUGUACAUGCAUGUAUGUUUCAAGGUGUUCACUACAGUAAUUCAAUGAAUGUCAACACAAAAGGUAGACCAAGUGUACAAGUGUUAUUUAAUUUCAGUUAUCAUUAGUAAUUUAUGUGCAUUGGUAUGUUUUGAUUACACACGCUCAGUUUUAAGUUGGCAUGAAUACCAAAUUGGUCCGCAACCGAGGCAAUGUAUAAUUUUCAUAGAAGUAUUCACACUCAGCUACAUGAAAUACAAUGAUGAAGUGUUAACAUGGUGUUUAAAAUUAUUGUAUUGUUCUAUCGUUACUUGUUAAACUUUAAAAAAAUUUUAGCCAAGCAAUGUUGGUAUGCAGGGUGGAAGAUGUAGCUUGUUUGCACUUUGUUACGUACUGCGUUACGUAUUUCUCUGCUUGUAGUUACAACAACAAAUCUAUAGAGAAUUCAUUGCAUUGCAGCUGAUGAUUGUAAUCACAACUUUGUCUUUCUUGUGUACCUUAAAAUAACCUUUUUCAAUGGUUGUGCACAAUUUUUGUUGAAAAGUUUUUAUGAAUGAACUUCAUUUAGCUGUAGGUAAUCAUUUAUCUGAAGGAUAGUCCUAGACAAAUUUUACUCAAAUAUUGUAAUGAAUAGUUACUAAAUUUUACAUAUUGGGUAAUGUUUGCUUUAAAAAAAAGGGCUUCUUAAUUGAUGCCAAAAAAAAAAAAGACAGCAUGGAUUCUACAUUAUGGAAUUAUAUUAUAAAAAAUGUGCACCUAUUAAAUUCAAUAGUCAAUAUGUAUGUUUGAAAUGUAUAGUUUAGAGAUGAUAUUGUAUUUGCAAAUAGUUGUGAAAAACUAUUUAUUAAUUAAAUUACUAAAAGACCUCACAACUAUAAAAUAUGUUAAGAAGUUGUUCUUUAUUUCAACGAAUUUCUUCCGGAGGACCAUAAAUAUAUUAAAAGUCUGAUUUAGUGAAUACAAAUAUGACAACGAAACGAUAGCCAAAUACAAAACAAACGACCCUACUGUAUGCGGCCCGCCAUCUUGCCGAACUGUUUAUACGACACGCAAAAGGGGCACAAGUAACACUUCACACAACAAGGACAUAAGUCACAAAGUCCGAACAGAAGUAUUGAAGGUUAAUAUAUUAUUUAAUUUAUAUUUUUCUUUUUGAAACUAUUGUUAGUUGUUACUUCGCAAGUUCCUUCUGUGGUGUUAUACUGAUUGGAGGCAGUGAGUGUCCUAAUAUACCCCUCUGGACACCUAUCGCUCAUAAAUAAAAUUACGUCCAACUACUUACGUAUUCAGAAAAAAUAUAAACAGUCCGUAUUCUCGUAAACUUAAUCCACAAAACAAAUUCCGUAAAAUGGAAAUUGAAACAUGUAGAAUGGUUUUAUUAUUAUUAUAAAAACAAAAGGAUACACUGCUGUGUGCAGGAAGCAUAGUAUCUUAAAUUAAUAUUCUUCUAAUAUGUUUUGUUUAAGUGUGUGAUUUAAAAUUAAUUCAUAAUAUAAUCAUACUUGUUUAUAAAAAGCAUUUUCUUUUUACCAAAGAAGUCCUUAAUUUCAUAAUGAUUUUGGUGAACUUGCACAAAUUUUUUGUGUAUGUCGUAGCAUGUACUGAAAGCUGGAAAUCAUGUGGUGUAUACAGUUUUCGAUUAGGUAACUGUUCACAUGCAGCUCUCGACUUCAAACUCUUUUAUUUUAUUUUAGUAAAAAUUAGGUUUUCCCAAAACCUUGAAAAGCUAAUGAUUCUGUCCCGUCUAGUUUAUAACAUUCCUACCAUUCACUCGUUGCUUUUGUUGGUCAUUCCUGGUUUCUUGUGCCGCGGGCAGUUGUUCAUCCAGUCCAGACAAGCAAAUAACUUUUUAAAAAAAAUUGGUUGUCUGUAAAGUCGGUUUACAGACGAUUGUAUAAUGUGACAAUGUCAUAACAAAACAUUGAUGAAAUGAUUGCAUACUUUUAUGAAUAAAAUGGAAUCAUUUUUAUUGAAUUAUCACUAUUUUGUAUGGAUACAAAGAAGGAGUGAAAUGAAAUCUACAAUUUAAUUGAUAAAUUUACUUUUAUUUGCACUCAUUAAUUCAAAUAUGUUUAAUACUUUAACGAACAAAUUAUUUUAACUAUAACUUUUGUACAUGUUUGCUAUUUAACUUCUUCCAAUCUGUGUUGUUCUGUUAAGGAUAGGACGAUGAUAGGAAAAGUAGGAAACCAAUGGGAGUGUUUCAAGUUUAAUGUGCCUCGAAAAAGUCAAAUCGAUGGUUGUUUCAAUCGAGUGGAAGAGAGAUAUAUGCGGCACAAGCGUACGAGCGUAACGGGACACAGCAUAACGGGACAAUGUGCAAUACGGGACACUUUUUCGUGCGUGCAGCCGGCGUUCAUCGAUUAGACGUUGUCACGUCAAAAAUUUAGUGGCUCUCCCAAUCAGGAUUCCUGGUGGAGUCACGCAAAUUUUUGGGAAACGUGGUGGCCAUUGCCAUUGGCUGAUGGGUUUUCGGAGUACACUCGUUCCUCCCACCUAUACAUUUCAUCAGUGCUCUGUUCUGAUCUUAUCACUCCUUUUCCAUCUCUUAUAUACUGCCAUUAUGAGAGGACUUUAAGUAAUAAUUAAUUUUUUUUACAAGGUGCUGAAAAAUCAAUUUUUUUUUUUUUAGCUGGGUUUUAUGCGUUUAGGUAUUUAUUACACAGUGUGGUUUGGCUGAAUUUAAUUUUAUUUAAGUAAUUACUCAGCAUUAUUUUGAUUUUUUUUUAGUCUUUACGAUGUGUAUACUCUUGUCUAUAGUUUUUAUGUUUUUUUUUAAUACUCCCUUGCAACAAUUUGUGGUUUACUGAGGUCAUGCAGAUUAUUGGGUUCAUGAUAACGGUUUGAUGUACCUAUGUCUAGCACUUCAUUCCUAUUUUAAAAUGUUAGUUUGGUUAUGUAUGUACUAAAAAUUUUCAUGGCAAACUUACAAAUAUUAUAAUUCAAACUUUGCAAUAGAAUAUUUCAUGUAGGUCUACGUGACACAAUAUAUGCAUUUUAUGAAAAUGGUGAUUUGAAGUUAAGCACCAUCAAAUUGUGUGAUUCUGUGUCAAGUUGAGUUUUGAAUAAAGUUGAAUGAAAAAAAAAAUUACUGUGCACUACAGAUGUUACAAAUGAAGUGAUAAUGCAUGAAAUAGUUUGAUGUGAAAAUUUAAAUGCACAACAAAUUUUGGUACAUUAUCUUUUAUAAAACAUUACACUUGAAUGUAUGUACAUGUUGUUUGAGUCCCAUGUAAUGAUAGUAAACAGCAAAUCAUUUGUUACAGUUGAAAUAUUUUAUAUUUGUUAAAAUUAUGGGUGAACUCGGGAAUAGCUCUACUGCCUAAGUGAAGGUUGGGCCACGCGACAAGGUACUGCACAUAACUGGUCUGUGUGCCCGAACAAAACAGAUGCGCAACCCCGCCACUGGGGUCAAGUUGUACCAACUUUGUAAGCACUAAAACCUGUGCUACAAAAGCUCAAUCUUCUGGUUUCAUGCAGACACAGAAGCUUCCGGACGUUCAUGAGGACAUGUUGGUGCCAGAGAAACCAUCACACAAUAUGAAAACAAGGGAAAUAUUUUUAUUGGUGUUGGGAUAUGUCUGUUCCCUCCGUCCUACUCACCGCUGGUGGAUACAUUGGGAGGCAUUGGCAGGUCCAGAAGGGGAGGGGGAGACAUAACGGCAUGGCCUCCCUUGUACCCUGAAUAAUUUUCAGAUCUUCUCCUAAUUCCGUAUCCUUACUGAAGUAUCAUUUUACUGUGGUGAUAUAGAUGAUACCUACAAUGUUUUUGAAACACAAAUGAACUGUAAUAAAUAUUUAAAUUCUAAAUGCACUAAAAUUGUAUUAGAAAAUUUAAUUUGGCCCUCCUCUGACCAUCAUUCUGUAUCUGCGAUUUGUAGGGGUUUGUGGCUUUGUUUGAUGGAGUUUUACACUGUACUGUUAUGCGUGCAGAGGCUUAAAGGCGACGAGUUCUCCGAUGUUAUAAUUGGCUUCCCGAGCCACUUGGUCCCCAACUCCUGGUGUUCAUAAGUUGGGCCAUACCAAGUGCCAUGACCCUCAUCACAUGAAUGUGAUGCGUUAAGGGGAGACCACAUUUUUCAGAAUUCAACCUUUUUCAUGAUGAAAUAGGGUUCAUAGUGUAAUACAAUUACUAAAUAGGUAACUUUUUUUCCCCCUUUUAUAUUCCCCCCUCCACCCACCUUGAAAAUUAAGAAGAAAAAAAAUGGGGGGGGGGGGGGCUGCUUGCCCCUAUCCGCCUCCCACUCCUAGCCUUUCCGGAAUGUACCCUAUGUACCAGCUCUCGUAAAAUUAAUAAUUAAUUAACUCGGUUUUCUUAACAGCUAACUAGGC